AUGCCUAUAGUUUUUGCAUUUAUGUCUGUGGAUCCAUUAACCAACAAUGUCCACUCAACCACCACCUCAACAACAACAACAAUCACCCACCUCCUCACCAACCCCUCCCAACGCACCCUCGAAGCCAAAGCAGCCUUCACCGCCUCCCUCCGCUCCGCCGGCGCAAACUACGACGCCGAGCUGCGCGACCGCGCGCGCACGCUGCACGAGAACGCCGCCGCGCUAGACAAGCAGGAGGCGGAGCUGCGGCGGACGACGGCCGAGCUGGGCCGGCAGAAUGAGCAGUGGGAGAAGGUGGCGGAUACGGCGCGCGAGGGGCUCAAGGAGAUUGGGGACGUGCAGAAUUGGGCGGAGUUGAUUGAGAGGGAUUUGUUGGUUGUGGAGGAGAUGUUGAGGGAGGUGGAGGCUAGGGAGGAAGGGGUGGGAGUGGAAGGGAGGACGAGGAGGAGGAGGGGCGGAUGA